AUGGCAGCAUUAUCACAGGAAGAGAUCUUACAAAGUACACGUACAGUUUUGCAGGGUUUGGAAGCACUGAAGGAUGAGCAUGAAUCGAUCAAGGGUACAUUGGUGAGUAGUAUUCAAGGAUUGCAUGCUGAUGAGUCGGCACUUAUUGAGGAAAAGACACAUAUUGUGGACAAAAAUUUGGAAAUGUUACGCUUAGGCAUCGAAGAAGCUCAGGUUAUGAUGGCAUUAGCUGGUCAUCUACAGACAGUAGAAGCCGAGAAACAGAAGUUGAAAGCGCAAGUACGAAGACUUUGUCAAGAGAAUGCAUGGCUUCGAGAUGAAUUAAAUUCAACGCAGCAAAAGCUGCAAGCCACUGGACAGCAAGUAGCACAAUUGGAAGAGGAAAAAAAGCACUUAGAAUAUAUGAAUUCGAUCAAGAAAUAUGAUGACCAACAGGAAAAUGACAAAACCAUGGAUCAGAACGACAAUCGUAGUGACAACACUCUUCAGGAUUUGGGUUUUGGUCCAGAAGAAGACGAGGAAAUAAAUGGACACAUGUCUGGGCAAUUUGCACAUCCCACACCUGCUCAUUCGAUGGCAGCAAGUGCAUCUGCUGGCUAUGAAAUUCCAGCUCGUCUUCGAACUCUGCACAAUUUGGUAAUACAAUAUGCAUCACAAGGACGAUAUGAAGUAGCAGUACCUCUUUGUAAGCAAGCUCUGGAAGAUUUAGAGAAGACUAGUGGGCACGAUCAUCCAGAUGUCGCAACUAUGCUUAAUAUUCUAGCUCUUGCUAAUUAA